AUGUACUCCCUACAGUCAAACUUCAAUGAAAACCCUCCCAAACCCACUACCAAUCCACCUGUUUCUCAAAGCAGAUCUCACAGUAGAUCCCAAAGCAGAUCUUCCGAUACCACAUCAUAUUCCUUUGUCCAAACACCUAUCACUCCUACUUCCACAGCAAUGGAUAAUCUUUCCUAUUUCAGUGGUAUACGAGAAAACACCUAUAAUAAUGACAAGGAAGAAGAACAAGAAGACGACGAUGAUGACGACUACGAUGAAAGCGAUGUCUUUGAAGUAUUUCUGUUGACUGCUAAUGGCACUGGUGCCAUGUCUGCCAACACUUCGGCUGCACUGAUCACAACCCCCAGUCCAAUUACAUCUGCAACACACGGAACAACCGCGCAUUCAAGGAAACCUCUGGAUCUCGAUUGUAUGCUUCCUCCCUUGCCUCCAACAGAUAUUCGUCAGUUUCAGCAGAAGAUCAACAAUUCUCCAGAACAUCAACAGUACAGGAAAUUAGAACAUCAACAAAAACAGCGUCAGGCAAACAAGGCAGAAGAUUUAGCCAAUUACAUUCUUUCGUUGGUGGAUGAAGACACUUGUGACUAUAACAGAUGGGCUUUUUAA